GUCUCCUCUCUCUCUCUCUCUCUCGAUCUCUUCGUCCUCUCCAUCUCUCUCUCUCUCUGAAACCCUAGGGCCGAUCCCUCGUCGCCGCGCGCGUCAAUGGCGACCGGAUCGGGGGUUCCGAUCACUCCCCUGCUCAAGGAGGAGCUCGACAUCGUGAUCCCGACGAUCCGGAACCUGGAUUUCCUGGAGAUGUGGAGGCCGUUCUUCCAACCCUACCACCUCAUCAUCGUCCAAGAUGGGGACCCCACGAGGACCAUCAAGGUGCCCGAGGGGUUCGACUACGAGCUCUACAACCGCAACGACAUCAACCGGAUCCUCGGCCCCAAGGCCUCGUGCAUCUCCUUCAAGGACUCCGCGUGCCGAUGCUUCGGAUACAUGGUCUCCAAGAAGAAGUACAUCUAUACGAUCGACGAUGACUGCUUCGUGAGUCGGAUCUCAGCCUCUUUCUCCUCCCCCAUUCCUCUGACUGGUCCGAUUUCGGAGUUUUUAUGGUUUCGCUUGGUGUUUUGAUGAUUGAGUUUUGUU